GUAGGUAAAGGUACAGACCUCAGACAGAUGCCUGAUCAGUGCAUACACACACACACUCACACACUGAGUACACUUACUUCAUAUGUUCAAUUCAAGCUUUUGUGAAAAGUAGUAAUUGACAGAAGUGUUAGCCCUGCUGUUAAAGAAGUUUAGUCCCUCCACUCAGAAAGGGAAAGGCACUAAAGACAGAGCUCUUGAACUACUAUUUUGAUCAACUCAUCAGGAAAAGUGUCAAAAUCAUGAAUGGACCGGUGGAUGGCUUAUGUAACCACACUGUAAAUGAUGAAGGUGUUUUCAUGUUCACAUCAGAGUCUGUGGGAGAAGGGCAUCCAGAUAAGAUCUGUGAUCAGAUCAGCGAUGCUGUGCUAGAUGCCCAUCUUCAGCAAGAUCCAGAUGCCAAGGUUGCUUGUGAGACAGUGUGUAAAACAGGUAUGGUGCUGCUCUGUGGGGAGAUCACAUCCCUCGCUGUUGUUGACUAUCAGCGAGUAGUUCGAGACACAAUUAAGCAAAUCGGCUAUGAUGAUUCAGCUAAAGGCUUUGACUACAAGACUUGCAAUGUUCUGGUGGCACUGGAACAACAGUCACCUGAUAUUGCCCAAGGUGUUCAUCUGUACAGGAAUGAAGAGGAUGUUGGUGCUGGUGACCAGGGGUUGAUGUUUGGCUAUGCAACAGAUGAGACAGAAGACUGUAUGCCUCUCACUAUAGUCCUCGCUCACAAAUUGAACAGCAAGUUAGCAGAGCUGAGGCACAGUGGUGAUCUCCCUUGGCUUAGACCUGACUCUAAGACACAGGUCACUGUUCAGUAUACCCAGAAAAAUGGAGCCGUCAUCCCAGUCCGUGUUCACACCAUUGUGAUAUCUGUGCAGCAUGAUGAAAGCAUCUCGCUGGAGUACAUGCGCAAAACCCUGAGAGACCGUGUGAUUAAACCUGUUGUUCCUGCCAAAUACUUGGAUGAGAGAACAAUUUAUCACCUUCAGCCCAGUGGGCGUUUUGUCAUUGGGGGGCCACAGGGUGAUGCUGGCGUUACUGGACGAAAGAUCAUUGUGGACACUUAUGGAGGAUGGGGAGCCCAUGGAGGUGGUGCCUUUUCAGGCAAAGAUUAUACAAAGGUGGACCGGUCGGCAGCAUAUGCAGCCCGCUGGGUGGCCAAGUCUUUGGUGAAAGCUGGGCUGUGUCAUCGUGUUCUGGUUCAAGUUUCUUAUGCCAUUGGAGUGGCUCAACCUCUCUCCAUUUCACUGUUUACUUAUGGAACUUCCCAGAAAACAGAGAGAGAGCUACUGGACAUUGUGCACAAGAACUUUGAUCUUCGACCUGGAGUCAUUGUCAGGGAUUUGGAUUUAAAGAAACCAAUUUAUCAGAAGACUGCCUGUUAUGGUCACUUUGGAAGAAAUGAAUUUUCAUGGGAGGUGCCUAAGAAACUUGUGUUUCAAUAAUAAUGGGUCCAUCCCCAAAGCAGAAGUGAAGAAGAUUCCACUAGUCAAUAAGAUGUUGGCAAAAAUCAGCACUGACUACUCUUUAUCCAGCUCGAGGAAUUUCAGAUUUUAAAUGGACAGGAUAUUCUCAUGAGAAUUAAUUCUUACUCUCAAUCCUAUCGUAUUUUAUUGUCAAAAACACCAAAGGCAGAGUCUGCUUUUAUCACAAGAAGACAAAAUACAGUUGAUUUUACUGCUGCUAUGUUGGUUCCACUGACAAAGGCAAAAUCUGACUAGGACAUACAAACCAACGUUUGGGCCUUAACUCUGUUACAAUGUGAUCUUGCAUUCAAAAGAAAAGGUAUCUAUCAUCAUUCUAG